CACCCCAGCCCCCCCCACCUGAGAGAGCCUUCCACUACCACCUCCCCCCAGCUCAUCCCCGGGAACAAGAGUCAGGCUCUGCAUACACCAUCAAGCAACCCGCAGCCUCUCUCAGAUCCCACCUGGUCACCAUGUUGCUUGUGUCCCCCCUUCCAUCCCUUCUUUAAGGGGGCGGAGCUGCCUCCUGAAAAUAGAUGCUGCCUCCCUGAAAGAUGCCGCCCUAGGCAAAUGCCUUGUUUGCCUUGUGGUAAAUACGCCCCU